GAUUUGUAUUUAGCUCAUUAGCAAUUCUCGAUUAAAUCCCAACGUACACGUAUACAUAUUAUCUUCGCUCAAACAAAAGAUGGCAACUAACUAUUAUAACAUCGACGCUCUAAACGUCAUAUUGCUCGAAAUCUUAGAAGACAUUGUUGUCAACAUUAUGGAUGGCACUUACGCUGACGAAACAGACGAAUAUCUCGUGGGUUUAGUUACCCUUCUUCUGUCUGCCAUUGAUUCGGGCGCUACUACUGCGAGUGGCGACGAUCAGACCCCGGAGUCGGAGCCUGAAGGACAAAAUCCGAUUCUUAGAGGCGCAGAUGGACAGGAGUUCGACGAAGACGCCGAGGAGUCUGUCUCUUUGCACAGUGAUGGAUUGCCGAGCGGCGAUGCGCUGUCAUCUGCAGCAGAGUCGGAGCUUGCUCCGAUCCCAGAUGCAGCACCGCUCGGCAACAACAACACUGUCCAGGAAGACGACAAUUCGAAAAUUUCGGAAGCAGAAGAGGACCAUUCCAUUUUGUUGGCGAGCAGCUGUACGUCGUCGUGUGGGGACGCGCCGUCCUCGGAGUCGGGGCCUGUCGAUCCCACUCCGACUCCUGAGGGCGGACCGCUCGACGACGUUUUGCGUACAGAAGACGUGUUGGAUGAGGAAAUUGAGCCGGCCAGGGGUAUAGUUGUAAAAAAUAGUCUUGGUGAGCUGGUCGGUUGGCUGGACCCGGCGGCAGCACCCGGAAAAAUUGAUCCACCUCGUACGAGGUGGAAAAGCGUGAGACGCUUUUUCCGGGCUCUGUGCUGCUGCCGACGAGAACCCGUCCGCAGCUCACCCCUUAGCCGUAGACGACGGGAAGGAUGACGGUGACACAGAGGAGGGGAGGAUGUGAGAAAGAGCACGGACGGUGCGCGGCGGUAAGUCACCCACGCACGUUCUCCGGUCACCCGCGGCGCGAUGGGUUGUUCGCGGGCGUAGCGCGCUCGGUCGUCUUUGACGCGCGAGACCCUCUGGCGGCUCGGCGAGCGCCCGGCUGCAGUUACGGUCACGUGGAGCGGCGGCGACGACGGACGACGGCGACGACACGGCGGCUAGUAGUAGAGGUACCGGCGCGGGCAACGAUUCCGCCCCGACGGUACACCGACGAUGACGACGGCGAUGGCGACUCGGUACGACGGCAGCGGCGGAGACCUUGGCACGGGGUGAGUGGUAUGGAGAUUUGCGUGCUAGGAACACGGGGAUGUCAGCGUCGCCGGAUCCAAGGAAACUUAACGGUUUCAGGGUCUGGCGGCGCGUGACUUCACCACCGCGGCGGCGGAACGAAGAAGCGGCCGAAGGGACAACGCCAAGGCGAAAAUUACCGAGAGUUGAGGAUCGUGCUGCGGUCCGCUGACUCUCGCCUUUUCACCCCGCGGUAAUCCCACAUUGGCCUCGCUCGUCCCCGCCGGUUCCGCAGCACAAAAUCUCGAUUCGCUCGCUCCGUGACUUGGUCUUCGCCGUCCGUCGGCAGAGUCGUCGCGCCGUCGACCGUCAACGCGCACAACAUCGCGCACUAUAGCCGCCGUUCGUCGCCGACAUCCGUGGUCGCUCCACGGCUGUAUCGGUUUGGCCUCGUCGGCUGGGAAAGGUCGUCAAGCGUCCGAGCAAAGGCGCCCGCGACAUACUCGGCAACCCGCGGGACAGGUCGUGAGAACGUGCAGAGGUGACCAGUGGCCAAUAACAUUGCAUAUAUCCGCACCAAAAUUCGCCAUCUCGCAUCCUCUCCCCCUUGUUGAUUGUGUCCUGACCUCCUGCCCGACGCAUUUUUUUUUCCUUUUAUUUUUUUAAAUUAUUUCAAAUUGUCUAAUUGUUCAUUUAUAUAUUGUAAAAAUCGAUUUUUUUUUCUUAUUCUCGGCCCUUUUGAUAUUAUGAACAUUUAAUAUAUUAUUGAUAGCCAAUGUGCUAAUUUUUUUCAAUCAAAAUACUAUUUCUGUUUUGAAAAAUAUUGUUUAUACAUUUUUGUGUUAUUUUUUGUUUUUGUUAUUAAUAAAUAAAUUUUGUGAAAGCAAAAAAAUAUUGUUUCUUUUUUUUUCGUUUUGUCGAGUGUAUACCUAAUCAAUUGUUACAGAUUUAACGACUAAAAAAUCGUUAAAAUAUAUAAUUUAAAUAAAAAAAUUCGUUAGUUAAUUAUACAGAGUAUAGUAUAGUAUAGUAUAAACGCUACACGGAUAUUAUAAUAUGUACCAAGAAAUAUUUAAGCCAUCAAACACUAAAGGCGACGAAAACUGUUGAAUAAAUCAUAAAAUAACGCAUUACACCGCGGCGGGAACGACAUGGACAGUUUUAUAAACUAUACUAUACAAGGGUUCUAAUUUUCUAAAUAACAAUAUGUAUUUGUAGAAUGUGCGAACGUCAAUAUAGUCGAAUAGUAUAUAGUUAAUACAAAAUAAUUUUAAAAAAGGUGGAUAAGUGGAUGUCGCUCUGCUGUACAGUAGAUUACAAGUGGGUCACUGUAAUGGAUGGUGUUAAAUUCGAAUUUUUUUAAAUAUGUUUCAGGUGAAUAGCAUUAACUUAAUGCAAAUGUAAAUUCAAAUUCAAUCAACAUUUUUAUUAUUUUUUUUUUUAAA